AUGGGGGACAUGUCCGGGGUCGACGACCUGUUGGUGCCGAUGGAGGUCAUUGACUUAUCCCUGGGGUGGUCGUUUAAACAGAGUGAUGAUGUUGGUGAGAAUGCCUGGUAUCCAGUCAAGAAGGUCCCUUCCACCGUGCACCAGGAUUUGAUCGACAACAAGAAACUGGAUGAUCCCUUUGUCGGAUUCAACGAGAUCAAGGCAGAGUGGGUAGGGUUGAAAUCAUGGACCUACCGGACCAGGCUCGUCAGCCCCUCGGUGCCGCGAGGCUCCAAAGCCGUACUUGCCUUUGAUGGUCUCGACACGUUUGCUCAUGUCAAGCUAGACGGCAAAACCAUCCUGAAAAGCGACAACAUGUUCCUGCCACACCGAGUCGACGUCACAGACCUCAUUCAAUCCACAUCAGAUCACAGCUUGGAGAUCGAAUUCGAACCCGCCUUCCUGAAGGCCAGGGAAAUCAAAGAUCAGCAUCCGGAGCAUAAAUUCAUUUGUUUUAAUGGUGACUCUGCACGUCUGGCCGUGAGGAAAGCACAGUACCACUGGGGGUGGGACUGGGGGCCUCUCCUGAUGUGUGCUGGCAUCUGGAGACCUGUUCGUCUGGAGAUGUAUUCCAUCAGGAUAGCCGAUCUGCGGACCGAUAUCACCAUCUCAGACGACCAUAAGCUCGCCACAAUCCAGGCCUCGGCCGAGAUUGAAGGACUCGAGGACCAGCAUGGCCAUGUCAAAGUCGACUUCGCCGUCAGUCUGGGAGAUACCAAGAUUCUGUCAAGCCAGGCAAACCUCGUGUCGGGGAAGAGGGCCACUGCCCACCUUAACGUGUCCGAUCCGCAGUUAUGGAUGCCCAACGGGUAUGGGCAACAGCACCUGUACACUGUGACUGUCACGAUUUCGACGACGGACGAGAUGGUGUUGCACCGUGAGUCUCGACGUAUUGGUCUACGCAAGGUUGAACUCGUCCAGGAGCCAGACUCUCAUGGAAAGUCGUUUUAUUUCCGGGUCAACGAUGUCGAAAUCUUCUGCGGUGGCUCAUGUUGGAUUCCCACCGAUAGCUUCUUGACAAACGUCACGGCCGAGAAAUAUCGAGCAUGGAUCGAGCUGAUGGUGCCCGCGAACCAGAAAAUGAUCAGAGUCUGGGGAGGCGGGAUUUACGAAGACGACGCCUUCUACGACGCCUGCGACGAGUUGGGGAUCAUGGUGUGGCAGGAUUUCAUGUUUGGUUGCGGCAACUAUCCCUGCUUCCCAGAAAUACUCAAGUCGAUCGAGGCCGAGGCCGUGGCCAAUGUUCGACGAAUCCGCCAUCACCCAUGCGUGGUGAUUUUCGCCGGGAACAACGAAGACUACCAAGUGCAGGAGUCUGCCCAUUUGACCUACGACUAUGACGACAAGAACGAGGAACACUGGCUCAAAUCGGAUUUCCCAGCACGCUACAUCUACGAGUCACUACUGCCGAGAGUUUCUGCGGCGGAGGCGCCCUGGAUUCCAUAUCAUCCGGGAUCGCCAUGGGGGGAUGGCAAGAUCAGCUCGGACCCAACGGUCGGGGACAUGCAUCAAUGGAAUGUCUGGCAUGGGACGCAGGAGAAGUACCAAAUCUUCGACUCGUUGGGAGGACGUUUCAAUUCCGAGUUCGGCAUGGAGGCAUUCCCGCACAUUGCGACCAUCAAGUCGUUUGUUGAGAAGGACGAGGAUCUCUAUCCGCAAAGUCAUGUACUAGAUUUCCACAACAAAGCCGAUGGCCACGAAAGGCGAAUUGCCACGUACCUAGUGGAGAAUGUGAGGACCGCGACCGACCUCGAGGCGUACAUCCACCUCACCCAGCUGAUCCAAUGCGAAGCUCUGAUGUUUGGCUACCGCGGCUGGCGGAAACAAUGGGGGGACGGCCGACAUUGUGGAGGAGCCCUGGUGUGGCAACUCAACGAUUGCUGGCCAGUGACUAGUUGGUCGAUUGUCGACUACUACCUAAGGAGAAAACCGGCGUAUUAUGCCAUGGCGCGCGUUCUAGCCCCGGUGGCGGUCGGAAUUCGUCGAUCUCACCACGACUGGAGUGUGACACACGCCCGCGAACCCCGGACGCAGGAUUGGGAGUUGUGGGUCGUCAGUGCGAAGCUGACCGACAUCAUUGCGGAUGUGGAGGUCAGGUUCGUGUCCGUCCGCACAGGCCUGGAGAUCAAGGACAAGAUUGUGAAGAAAGGAAUCAAAGUCAAAGCCAACACAACUACCGACGUUCUCAAGGGGCAGGUCGACAAUUUCCAGGAGGAGCCCCAUGUCCUGGCCGCCCGGAUAUGGGUCGACGGCACAUUGGUUGCUCGUGACACUGAUUGGCCGCAGCCUCUAAAAUAUCUCCAGUUUCCCGAGCGAAACGUCAAGGUCGAGGUGGUGGGUGACGAGAUGCAUGUCUCUGCAGACAGGCCGGUCAAGUGUCUUGUGUUUGAGGAACGCGAAGGGUGUCAUCUAAGCGACAGCGCUAUUGACUUGGUGCCUAAUGACCAGCAGAUUAUCCGAGUGCGAGGGCUCAAGGCUGGAGAACAACCACUCAACUGGACAUAUUUGGGGGCUGGGGAGCAGUAA